GUCCGGUAAUCUCGGGAAUCUCAUGCCAGUGGACUCCAGAAUGCGGGGAAGUCAUGCGGCGGGAUCUCCCCACUGUACCCAACCGUGAGCCUUCCCGGUGUCGCGUAUCUUUCCCUUGCUGCACUCCUUGACGUUGGUAUGUAUCUCUAAACAUUAAUUGCCUUGAAGCUGACCCCAGGUUUCGUACAGACUCAUCGCAUUAGCUUGACACUUUGAGAAAGUACCUUCAAUAUGCGAGCAUUCGUUGUAAAGGAGCUUGUACACCCGUCCAAGAUAUCUGUCACAAACGAUGCGCCAGAACCCAUUCCAGGUCCAGGCGAGGUUCUUGUAGAUAUCUACAGUGCCGCCUUGAACUUCUUCGAUAUCUUACAAUCUCAGGGAAAGUACCAGAUAAAACCCCCUCUUCCAUUUGUCCUAGGAUCGGAGUUGGCAGGCAAGAUUGCAGCGAACUCUCCCAUACCAAAGGGGUGCCCAUACAAGCCUGGAGAUAGAAUCUUUGGAUACGCACAAGGUGCCUAUGCUGACAAGGUGGCUACACGAUGGGAGUCCUUGGUACCCCUUCCGGACAAUAUGAGCUACGAUCAAGGGGCAGGUUUGUUCCUCACAUGGCCUACCAGUUAUGAGGCUCUAGUUGGCCGUGCGCAACUGAAACCAGGUGAAUGGGUGCUCGUCACAGCAUCGGCAGGCGGUGUUGGCAUUGCUGCUGUUCAGCUCGCCAAAGCACUUGGUGCCAAGGUAAUCGCUGCCGCAGGUUCAGAAGAGAAGCUCGAAGUCUCCAAGAAGUUUGGUGGAGCUGAUUAUGGCGUGAAUUACACGAAGCCGGAUUGGCAGAAGGAAGUCUUGAAGAUUACAGGCGGGAAGGGCGUGGAUGUCAUCUACGAUCCUGUUGGCCUGAUCAAAGACUCUCUGAAGUGUAUCGCCUGGAAAGGGCGAGCUAUCGUCGUUGGCUUCGCCGGUGGUGAGAUUGAAAAGCUCCCGCUCAACCUCGUACUCCUGAAGAACAUCUCCGUGAUUGGCAUACACUGGGGUGCCUACACUAAGCAUGAACCUUCGCACGUCCCUGAAGUCUGGAAGGCUCUGCUUGAUUUGUUCUCUUCUGGACGUGCGAAACCCGUUUUGUACACAGAGAUAUUCCCACUUGAGAAGGUCGCUGAAGGGUUGCAUCAGCUGGAGCAGCGCAAGACGUGGGGUAAAGCUAUUGUUCGCAUUCGGGACGAGAAGUCAUCAGAGAGAGCGAAGCUUUGAUGUAUGCAAAUAUUGCGAUUGUACCUUUUGUUGUGCGUUUCUUUCUGAUUUUGUUUCCCUUCCCGUGGUGCCAAUGAGUUGGUGUUCAAGUUGUAAAUUUACAUCGAUGCAUGUGAUCAGUGCAAGAUUUAAGAGGACAAAAGCUUCUUCAUCCUUCAAAGGGAAACGAGGAAGCUUUGAAUGGGAAUGUAUAGUCUGACGCUCAUAAAUGUGAUCAUUUGUUCGAAUCAUGUACUAACGUCUGCAGUGCUAGACGGAGUAUAAUACAAUUGUGUAGUGCGUCAACGGUCAAUCUUGUGCUUCAUGCAAUGUAGUACCUCAGGUGAGCG